AUAGAAGAGAAGGAUUUUGGUUUUUACACCUGCAUUGCCAGUAAUAAAUUGAAACAUACAAUAGUUUCUGUUGAAACCAAGGAAGGUAAAUUUAUUUCACAUGUUGAUACAUAGUGCAUGCUUGGCUUUGAAUGCUGGAGGCCAGGGUUUACUCCGCCUUUCACGAGCAUGAUCUCCAGCUACUUUUACAGGAAACAUAAGGAAAAUAGAAUGAAAUGAAAAUCCUAGAUGUACAAUUCCAUGUAACACAACAACAACGCAGCCAGGUUUCAAGGUGUCAUUAAUACAUUAUUUUUUGAUUGCUGGAUGAUUGACAUCAUCAGCUGCCCAAUAUAUUUUUGCUAUUGUUAUUGGACAACUGACUGAAAUCUUUUAAAUUUGGUCAGUGUAAUCCAUACAGUAAAAAAACUUGCAUUGUGUUUAGACUUUAUAUUAAUUCUGAUCUUGUAUGGUUAUGGAAAGUUAGUUGGAUGAUUUCAGGGGCGAUACAGGGUCCAAAGAAAGUCUGUUUUAUAUGUGUAUGUACAGCUAGCUCUUCUGACAAGCUUCUAGCUUGCCCCCCAAACAAAAAAGGUUUGAUAAGCUUGUUUAAUAAUUUCUUUACGGCUAUUAUUAAUUACACAAUUAGUUAAUUACUUGCUUAAAGUUAGUUCAUUGUAAAAAUAACUGAAAUAAUUCAUUCAAAUCGGCUCCCAUGUGAAUUUAUGAGAAGUUCAAUUUGCCUUUUCGUACUUCUGUAAGUUGACCUCCCCCACGAAACUUUAAUUGUCUUUGGGGUAAGUUAAGAUCAAAAUUCAUUAGCCCCAUUGCAAAAUCCUGUAGUCAGUGGCCCCGGGCUAUUGUACACAACUCUUAUUUAACGCUGGGAGAAGGAAUGGCUAACUGAUAAGAAAACUGGACACCCUUCCCAGGCCCCUAGUUCCAGUGCCUCCCUGAUUUGGAUUUGUUCUCGCUAGUUGUGCGGUCAAAUCAUCGCGCCCAUGCUUGUAAAACAGUGGAUAGGUUUGCCUCCUGCCAGUUGGAUUUUCAGCGUUUUUAUGUGGAAAGUUCCAUUUGAAGUAUUAUUUUGUCUCAUUAUCUCUGAAAAGCCCCAUAACAGUUUUUUGUUUUCAUUGAUGAGAAACAUCUUGAAAUGAAUAAUGAAUUUUUUCUACUUCUGCAGAGGGAUCAGUUAAUUAUUCUAGUGAUGGUGGACUAAGUACUGGUACGCUGGUGGGCAUUGCUAUUGGUGUGAGUGUGUUUGUUCUCAUCGUGCUAGUGGUCUGCUGCUGUCUUUACCAU